CAAUGUCACAGUGACGUGUACUAUUUUUGCGAUAUGACUUAUUGAUUCCAAAAACCAUACGAAAUAAUUCAUUAAAAUUGACAGAAAUUAACUAAUUUCACUAUGUCGAAUAAAAGCAAAUCCUCAGAUGGGAGCAACAAGAUAAAAGUUUGCGAAUCAGUGUGGAAGAAAGCGCUCGUCGCUAACGCCGAAUGGCCAGACAAGGAAGAGUUCCUUGACGUCAUAUAUUGGAUGCGUCAAGCUAUAGGUAUUAUUUUGGGCCUGUUUUGGGGGCUACUGCCGUUGAAGGGAUUCCUUGGCUUAUUACUAUUUGUUAUUGUAAAUGCAGCAGUUAUUUACUUUUAUGUGAACAAUUUCCAAAGCAUUGAUGAAGAGGAGUAUGGUGGUAUGUGGGAAAUAACUAAAGAAGGAUUUAUGACUUCAUUUGCUGGAUUUUUGGUUACAUGGAUCAUUGUGUACACUGGCCUACAUAUUGCAGAUAAUUUAUGAGACACAUAAGACAUUUAUUAAGUGCUGCAAUAUCAAGUUCCAAGUUUCAUGAGGUCUUAGUACAAACUGUGAACAAAUAAUGUUCCAACUGGUUCUAUUUUACAUAAGCUCGUUUGUUUUUUGUUGUUGCUUAUAAGGAUUCGGAUUGUUAAUGCAUUUCAAUAUAUUUUUUAGGUUAUGUUAAAGGUUGGCAGUCUUAUAGAAAAAUGUAUGGAAUUCAAGUAUGAAUGUAAUUUUUUUGUAAGACAGUUCAUCAUAUUGUAUCAUCUAGUUAAAAUUUAAUUUAUUUUAUCUUUUAAACUAUCUCAAUCAAGGAUUUACUUUCCUUGACUGGAUAAACUACUGAACUGUCAUUGAUAAAAUAAUACUAUUUGCAGUCUAAACUGCAAUUCUUUUAUACUGUUUAUAAGCCAUGUUUAUCUUUAUACGAAUUUUAAACUAGAAAUGUUCAUGAAUAAAUCUUGCAGUCACAAAUGUGUAAAAUUGUAAUAAAAUGUGAGAAAAAACGGGAUUAAGGAACUGCCGCAAAUUAUAUGUACCCUAUUUAGGUAAUAAGUUCGAAUUUUUAACCAACGUUAAAUAAAGUAGGCAGCAAUAAAGUACAUUUUAAUAAAGUAAAGUAAUUGUAAAAAGACUCCUAAGAAUAUAUUACAUUUUAGUGAUCAUAAUGCUUGAGAAAUUUCUGACUUAUUUGAAUGGUGUGAGGAAGUUUUAAAAGGGGUAAGCCUAGUCUUAGGUGUUUAUCGCGCGAUAGUUCCAUAUCAAAUAAAACAAACAACUAUUUAAAAUACUGUCAAACUUGAAAUGUAGGCCAAACUUAUUUUACUUAUUUUUGGCUCGUAGAUUUCUCUAUGUCGACUCGAAAUGGACGGAAGAGAAUUUCGAUUCGACGUAGCAAGUAAUUGAUCGGUUAAGCUUUUUUUCUAAGCUUCUUCUUGCUCAAGAUAUACGCCUGUAUGUUUCAAACGAAAUGUAUGUUCUAAAAUAGGAGUAAUAUUAAAAUUUGGUCGUAGUAGUCGCUGUAUAAAGAAAGUAGUUCGCGCGGUCGCGAUACCGUUUGCAUUUCUUUAGUAUUUAUUAUUAUUAUAAGUAAAACCUACUUGUUAAGUUUUAUCAAUAUUCCUCAGUCCAAUCAUAUGGUUAUGAGAUAAUUUAUUUUAAAGAAUGCAAUAAUUAUAUUAGUCUCGUUUGUAAUGUUAUUCGUUGCGUGAUUGCUCCCGAUGAGUUUGCAGUGAUAUCCUUAUUUUGAACAAAUAUAAUGAUUGAUUCAAUAAAGUUUUGUAACUUU